GAAUGCGCAUCUCAGCUGGCGUGCUCGGCUGAAGCCAGAGUGGGUCGCGGUCCACCCGGCAAACCGGGACGGCUCCGGGGUGAGCCCAAGUUGCGUCCACCAGCUGGCUUCUGACAUCUCGGAGUGCGGCUGGGACUGGGCCCAGAUCCGGGCUUUGUGCGUGGAGCUCUCCCACAAGGAGAUUCCCUUGGUGGUGAAGUUCAACCAAGAGCUUGAUGCCCACGUCGAUGACACGAUGAAGCUGGCGCCCAUCAUCAAAGAAACCAUUCGGUACGGAUCUUUGAGUGCCUCGCACACCAACUGUGCGCUGAGGUUGUUUGCUGCCUCCUGCCUGCACGACGGCAACCCAGAUCUUCUCGUAAAGGGCAAGCUUUCCCUUCACCAGCUCAGGGACAAGGACGCUGCAUACGCUGACGCCGCCGAGAACGGCUUGACAUGGUCCAUAAUCAGCUCCACUGUCAUCACGCGCUACCCCGCCUUAUGCGGCUUGUUGCAACAGGCCAUGAACACCGGAGCGCAACUGCAGCGCCAAGAGGGCGAACUGCAGAUAUGCCUCCGCCUUUUGGGAGCCUGGCAGCAGGAGGCCAAGUCCAAGCCAGACACGCAAGUCCAAUUCAAGGAGAUCCGGAGCAAGGUCCUGCGCACCAAGCCCUCUUGCAGCAAUGCUGCGCCAUUCAUGUAUACCUUCAUCCUCAGGUAUGGAGGAGGGGCUGAUGGCCAGUGGAUUCGUGAGAGCGAGCAGUUUGUGAAAAGGGCUGGCGGUUCGCAGAGGCAGCUGGGCCCGGACCGCUGGGACAACUUGAGUUUGCCUGGCAAAGGUGGGGAGCAUUUGCUUCGCCUUCGCCACGCUGCCCUGCGUGUGUCUUACAUUGAGGAGAAGCCGUUGUCAGUCAGUGACCUUAGGAGACUGCUGAGAUCGAACGAUGCAGCUGCAGCAGAACAGCUGAUGCAAGACGUUCGGGAGCUCGGUCGCAUCACCCUGGCCUCCGACUUGCAUCAGGAGGUGCUUCUCUUUGAGCAUCAGAUCGUCACACAGUUGCUGGACAGGACAGGGCGCCUGCCCAGCAUGGAGCACGCCGCCCAGGCCUUCAUCGUGAAGGUGCAGGAGAGAGGCGGCCCCUUGCUGACUGAGAAGUGGAGUGCCUUCACCGUGGAGAAGCCUGCUGUGGCAGGGCCGAUGCUGACGUACGACCGGCACGGAGAGCUUGCCGAAUGCGAGGCCAUUGUCAAAGAGCUAGGGUUCAAUGCCGGGGACGCUGUCAUGCGGCGCGCGGAUAAAGUCGCGGCGACCAUUUCCGGAUUCACGCAGUCGCAUGUGAUUUUGCGCAUCGAAUCCGGUCUCAUUUCGGGGACGGCGAAAGUCUUGGCCAAAUCCUUCUCCAAGAAGGAAUGGACCCACUGUGCUGCGAAGAAGGAGGUGGAGGAGGUGCAGGAGCACUGGCAGCACCGGAUUGGCAGCCAUGUGGAGUUUGGAGUGCUGUAUCUCAAGGGCAAGAUCACUGCUGCGUUGCUGCAGGAAGAGCUCAAGCACUUGGACACCUUGCAGCACUUGACCAUCCAGGCUAAACCGUUCAAAAAUGUGGUUGCGACCAAGAACUUUGCGACCAACAAGCUGGUCCUGGUGCCCAUGACCACCCGCAUCAGCACCCAGUUGCAGAAGUCGGGCGCACAGCUUCUGGGAGAGCUCAUGGCUGGCCCAGAAGGCGGCCUUUCGUUUUGGUUGGUGCCGUGCUUUGCGGCGCCAAAGCCUCACCCAGAGGGCUCCAAGGGCAUGAUCGCGCCCUUCUGGCUGGUCCAGACAACUGAGCAACCAGACGAGGCCAACAUGGAGGUGACUCCGGACCUGGGCUCCCACAACGAAUCCGACAAGCUGAUCCACCAGGUCACCAUCAAGGUGCCCGUGAUGAAGAACACGCGCGCAAUCAAGGCUGGUGAGCAGCUCGUGGUGCACCGGAAGAAAGACACCAAGGUCCCAGACCUGGAGGAGAUCAUUCCCACGGCAGCGCCUAUGAAGCGCCGACGUCUGAAAACUUCGGAGUAG